AUGGCUGAUCCUGCGCCCCAAGACCCUCCUGCGGCUCCAACUACACCGCAGCCGCCUGCAUCAUCACCACAACAACCACCAUCACCACCACCUCAAUCGCCUCCUCAACCACCGCCACAGUCACCCUCUCCACCCCCUCCGCCGCCUCCGCCGCCUUCUUCUCAACCACCGGCAGAGACUCCAACACCGCCUCCCGAACCGUCCACUCCACCACCAGGUCCACCAACAACCAAUAACCCAACACCGCCGUCACCUCCACGCCCCACGCCGGAACCUCCCAGCCCAUCGCAGCCGCCGCCAACGCAGCAGCCACAACCGCCGGUGUCGGGUACCGUUAUUGUGACGAUAACGUCUACUGGGCCACCUCUGCCAGAUAACCCCAAUCGCCCAACCCCGCCGCCAAAUAAUCCUAUUUCUUCGCCAUCAAGCGCCGUUUCGACACUACCAACUUCUACGCCGCAAGCCAGUGGCGGAGGGCUAUCGGCGGCUGGUACGAUUGCGGUUGCAGUCGUGGUUCCGGUGGUGUCUGUUGCCCUGAUAAUCAUAGCUUUGCUGUUUUGGUGGAGAAAACGCAAGGCGAGAAAACUUGCGGAGGAAGAGCGAAAGCAAGAAAUCGAGGAAUAUCGAUUCAACCCCAACAAUGACCCCACGCUUCCGGCCAUCGGCCUUGCCGGCACCUAUAGCGAUGCUUCGGGCCCCAAAGAUGGUAGCUCUGGGUAUCGCGGCUGGGGCGCAACGUCAAGCUCGCGCAAGUAUUCAGGAACCCCCAACAUGCCCAUCUCCGAUACUGGUAGUAGCCAGCCAUUCCGGCCAGUGUCCCCCAUAGAGGAUGGUGCGUACUACCCUGAGAAUGGCCAUCGGCCGGACACUGCCGACUCGGAGACCAUCAGCGCGCUCCCUCCCGCGGCUGGAAAUAGAGGAGAUAUACAUCGCGGGCCAUCCAACGCGUCUUCCGGGUAUUCUGUCGCCAAUCACUCGGAUAUUUCUGACGAUCUGUCGCCUCCUGGUGCACCGCCCGGCACCCAGUACUAUGAAGAGAAUCCAUACUAUAGUGAUAUGAUGCCGCAGCAGGGGCCUUAUGGAGACAAUGCAUAUAAUGGAGCGCAGCCUGUAAUCCGUGAUGUCCAAGCACGGCGGAAUACUCGCAUUGAAAGCCCGUCAGUGUUUCCUCAGCAAGGAAAUGCGGGUAUCUCGCAGAAUUUCUAA